AUGGCAUUAUCAUCGAAAGUACGCGGUACAAUCGUUGCAGUGCUUGUAUUUAUCUUCGGAAUCAUUCAUUUCGGUCUUGGUAUUGGAAUUGCUCGAGAUUAUAGUCGUUAUAAAGAUAUAUUUCGACAGUCCGUAGCAUUGGCAAUCUAUGAUCUUAUCAUUGGUAUCUUUGGAACUGUCGUUGGAAUUUUGAGUAUAGUCGUUAUUACUACACAACGAAUAAAUCUAUAUCGUCCUGCAGCUAUCUGUUCACUUGUGUUAGGUGUUCUCACAUUAGGAUCACUGAUCACUGCACUUGCUCUUAAUUCUCAAGCGAUUGGCUAUGUUCGAUCACGCUUAACAUAUCGUAUGAGCUCAUUUACUUCAAUUGGCGAUUCGCUUUCUGUGGUGAACGACAUACAAACCAGGUAUGAGUGUUGUGGUGAAAAUCUAUGGCUUGACUGGGCGCAAGUAGUACUGAAUCCUGCAAGUACGAAUGCCGCUGGCGCAGUUUCAGGUCCAGGUUCAAGCAACACAAUAAUUACUUCAGGAUCUGGGUCUACUAGUAGUCUCUCAAACUCAGAUUCCGGAAUCUUUGGUAGUACAUCAAAUUCGGGUUCCGGAAUUUUUAGUAGCUCAUCACAAUCAAAAACUGGCAGCAGACGUCGUCGUCAGGACUGGGAUCGAGGAUCCAAGACUUUACAGCAACCUAUGCAUCGAAAGCGAGACAUUUCUGUACCAAACAGCAACGGUAACAUAUAUAAUUUACCUUCGAAUUAUUCUAUCUAUCUGCCGUUGUCAUGCUGCACGGGUGGAGGCACAUCUAGUGGAAAUAGUCUUGGGGGAGUUUGCACAUUCAAUGCUGGCAAUGGUUCAACGAAUUUCUAUGUACGUGGAUGUUUGGAACCCAUUUCUAAUACUGUUGUUUCGCAAAUAACGGGCAUGGCUGUUAUAAACGUUUGCUUGGCUAUACUCGCAUUUGUAUUUGUUCUGGUUUUAAUGCACAUGAUUCCAUCGGAAAAUCAAGCACAAGACAAAAAUGGUUUAUACGAUGGAACACAACAAACACAAUAUCAACAAGUGCAAAAUAGCGGAUCUAUUAUGAAUCCUGCUGCGCCAAGUCCUUAUUAUAAUUAUUCAGCAUCUUCAUUUGUAUCUCCAACCCACGAUUAUUCAAACUAUGCUAAUCCAACUUAUACAGUUUACCAGUAA